UCAGUUUGUCCGGCACUUUCUUCCUGCUCAGAGACUGCUGUAAAGUUUUAUAGCUGCUAGUGCUCUUUUUUUGGGAGUCGAGCUAAUCCAGUUCCUAAGGAAGAGAAGAAGAACAAAAGAGAAGGAGGAGAAGAGACAAUGUUCAGUGUGUCAGAGAGCGACAGAGCUGGCUGAACGUCCAACAACUGGAAAAGUGACAGCAGACCAGUCUGCCUCUCUCUCUCUCUGCCUCUCUCUCUCUCUCUCUCUCUCUCUCUCUCUCUCUCUCUCUCUCUCUCUCUCUCUGCCUCUGAGUGUUGGAUUCUGGGAACAGUAAUUCGAUCUCAAGGCUUUGUUUUCAUUUUAAAUUUGUGUUGUGUCAGAGACAGAGAGAAGAAGAAGAAAGAAGAGGAGGAGAAAACUAAAGUUCAAGUGAAGUUUGACUUUCCGAGGUCUUGUUUUGUUGAGGUCUCGAUCGCCCGACUGACAGCGGUGACGUCCAGAAGCUUCCAGAAAGUCAGAAGUUCAGAUGAAGUUAACUCCACCGACUGCUCCUGUCAGAAGACCAAAGAAUUUCACGAAUGUUUACAUUUUGUCGGAAACGGAAUCAUUGUGUGAAGACGUGUGAACCUCAGGAGAUGAUUUGACUUGAUGUCCUGCUGGAGAUAUUUGAGAACCUGGACCUGAUUGGACAUUUACAUUGGCACUUUAGACUGUUUUCAUUUUUGUGGUUGUAGCUAAACCAAAAAUCUCAACAUUGCUGGAAAUUUAACCUUCACCCGUUUCCAUUAGUAUUUGUGAUACUCUGAUCUGAUGUCUUGGAGAAUGUAGGAAUGACAUCAGACUUCAGAUUUUUACAGAUACUUUUUAGUCAGAGGGUGAGAUUAGAACGUCCCUAUAAAGAAGAACGCUGAGACCGAACUGACAUUUUAUUUCACACGUUGACAAAAAGAGUCUUUUAUUUUGCUUUGAAGAAGAAUAAGUAGAAGAGAAAAAAAAGGGAAGAGCCUGAAGUUGUGUAGAUGUUUCUCCUUCUCCUUGACUUUCUGGUCUUAUUUUAUUGAGCUGAUUGGAGUUUCUUUCAGACUGUGUUUGGGGUGCCAAUACUUUACAUUGGUCGAAGAAAAAAUAAUUAAUUUUUCCUCUUUCCUAAAACAUACAAGAAGAAGAAGAAGAAGAAGAAGUAGAGAAUCUUGCUGUCUUUGUGGAUGAGAAACAGAACUGAUCAGAUGUUUUUAUUUCACAUUUGAAGAACAUCAGAUGUUUUCUUCUGAAGAGGAACACUGGAAGAAGUUUGAAUCAUUCUAGCAGCUUCUGUUCCGGCUUGGUGACAUCCAGGUUCACAGCUAAAGGAGAAUCCUGGUCUGUGGCUGAGUUUAGGAGACUAUAAGGACGUCUGCCAUUAUAACGCCAUGUUCGACUGCGUGGAGACUCUAAGCGUGGGCUCCAGGCCUCACUAUGAUGUGUCCUCACAGAGCUCCUGCGUGUUGAGGAAGACGAGCUCCUUUUUCUCUGCUCCAGAAGCCUUCUGCUACAACACCGGCCUGCAGUCGGUGGAGACUCGCAGUACGAGUUCUGAGGAGAUGAUUCCGAGUUCUCCUUCUCCUCCUCCUCCUCCUCGAGUGUAUAAGCCAUGUUUUGUUUGUCAGGACAAAUCCUCAGGAUAUCACUACGGAGUCAGUUCCUGUGAAGGCUGUAAGGGCUUUUUCCGUCGCAGUAUUCAGAAGAACAUGGUUUACACCUGCCACAGAGACAAGAACUGUCAGAUCAACAAGGUGACACGGAACCGCUGUCAGUUCUGCCGCUUACAGAAGUGCUUCGAGGUCGGAAUGUCUAAAGAAGCGGUGAGGAAUGACAGAAAUAAGAAGAAGAAGGAUGUAAAGGAGGAAGUGGUUUUGCCAGAAAACUAUGAGUUGAGUGGAGAGCUGGAGGAGUUGGUUAAUAAAGUCAGUAAAGCUCAUCGAGAAACGUUUCCCUCCCUGUGUCAGCUAGGAAAAUACACUACAAACUCGAGUGCAGAUCACAGGGUCCAACUGGAUUUGGGUUUGUGGGAUAAAUUCAGUGAACUCUCCACUAAGUGCAUCAUUAAAAUCGUGGAAUUCGCCAAACGUUUGCCAGGUUUCACUUCACUCACCAUCGCAGACCAGAUCACACUCCUCAAAUCUGCCUGCCUCGACAUACUGAUGUUGAGGAUUUGUACUCGGUACACUCCUGAGCAGGACACCAUGACCUUCUCAGACGGUUUGACUCUGAACAGAACUCAGAUGCACAACGCUGGAUUCGGCCCUCUGACUGACCUCGUCUUCUCCUUCGCGGAUCAGCUGCUUCCUCUGGAGAUGGAUGAUACAGAGACCGGGCUCUUGAGUGCCAUCUGUCUCAUCUGUGGAGAUCGUAUGGAUUUGGAGGAGCCUCAGCGAGUGGAUCGGUUACAAGAGCCUUUGCUUGAGGCGUUAAAGAUCUAUGCAAGGAGACGUCGCCCUGAUAAACCCCACAUGUUCCCUCGAAUGCUGAUGAAGGUUACUGACCUGCGAGGAAUCAGUACUAAAGGUGCAGAACGAGCGAUCACACUAAAGAUGGAGAUUCCCGGACCGAUGCCUCCCCUCAUCCGUGAAAUGCUGGAGAACCCAGAGGUUUUCGAGGAGAGUCUUCCUCCUCCUGCCAUCCAGGCCAUUAAACGGGAGAGGAUUGAAGACUCUGAGGUCCCUGAGGAAGAAGAGGAUGAGGAGGAUGAGUGUGCAGAGGAGGAGAGGGAGAGAGGAGGAGACAGUGAGGAUGAUGAAGAGUGGAGCAUCCUGCAAGUGGACGUGGGGGAGAAGAAGAAGAACACGACGGGUAGAGCGCAUUGAUCCGAUAGACGUCUGGAUUUCCACCCACACAAACACACACACACACACACACACACACACACACACACACACACACACACACACACACACACACACACAACACACACACACACAACACACACAGAGAGUCACGUCCAAACAUCUGAGUGCUCUAGUUCUCAGUUAUUAAACUCUAAUCUAACAUCUCAUCUUAGAUUAACUUUAGUACUGAAUACUGUAAAGAUAAUCCUGUUAGAUUAGCUCAUGUUAGCCACCUAGCUGGAAUUAGCAGUAAACAUGACUGAACAGGGUCAAAAUCCUCUCAGAAAUCCUGUCAAGCUGUUCAUGUUAGAUAGCUUGUUAGCAUCAACAUCACAAACCUUUACCUGUCAUUUUACCUCAUGUUAGCUAGCUUGAUUAUGUUAGCAAUAUUAUUUAUGACAAUUCCCUCAGCAGGUAAAAAAAUAAAUAUUUAUAACUUAACACUUCUUUUACAUAUGUUUAGUUAUCCAGCUAUCAUUAGUGGGGGAAUAAACAUUCAUGAAAACUACUUGAAAGCAUUAGAAGUAAAUAUAAUAAACAUAAAAGAAUAGGAUAAAAAAAACCCACUCAGAAAUCCAGGAAAGCUAGCUUGUUAGCUUGGAUGCUAGUAUCAACAGUGAUGGCUGGAGACAUUACCUCUCUUGUCACAUUAGCUUAUGAGAGCUAAACAAAUCCUUUUAGAAAAGCCUUCAGGUGAGUUCAUAUUAGCUAUCUAGGAAGCAUUAGCAGUAAACAAUAUAAAGAUUAUAAAAUGAAUAAGAUCAGUUAUGUCCUGAGUCCAUAUUAGCCAACUAGCUAGCGGAGUGAAAAUGUAUUAAUAAUAAUUCUUCUCAGAGAUCCUGACAGUUAAAGCAUGUAGUUAGCAUUAGCAGUGUGGAUAAAAAUAGUAUAAACAUAUAUAAAUAGUAAUAUGAUAUAUUGCCAGAUUAGCUUGUAGUAGCUUGGAACCGUUAGCAUUAAAGCCGGCAAGUUUUAGCAGCAUUAGCGGUAGUGCUAAAGGGCAGGAAUACGACACAUCAGUGUGUUCGUUUUUUGAUAACUGAUUAAAUAAAAACAGCUCUCAGUCACCAGAUGUCAUGUGACCUGAAUUAUUUGUUAAAAAAAAAAAAAAAAAAAAAAAAAAACAGCCAUUUUUCAAUAUUUGGACUGAAAGUAACAAAAUAUCAGAAAAUCAGACAGAAAAUUUUAUUUUGUUCUGUGUUUUUUGUCUGAGUGAAAAAAACAAAACAAAGGAAAGCCAGAAAUUUGACCAAAGAGAAUAAAAAAACCCUCACAUUGUGAGAGAAAUGCGUUUAUAGUUUCACGCCUGAGUGAAUACGAACAUUUCUAAAAUCUGCAAUCUGGCAACUCUAAAAGUGUGGAUUACAUUUUUAAUAACGUUUAUCGAAGAUUAGCAGCUUUACUUCUAUUGGCUGAGAAACUGGCGUGAGCAUAUCGUCAAGCUGGAAAAAACUCAUGAUUUUGUCAGAAGUAAAAAAAAAAAAAGAAUGAAAAAAAGGCGUUAACGAGACAGUGUAAAUCUUUCAUGCAUAAAGAUUAACAUAUUAAGAAGUUAGGAAGCUCAGGGCACUAAAAGGACCAAAUAUUACAUGUUCAUUUGUUUAAAAGAUGCCAAAGAAAUUCCUAAAAUCAGAUUUAAGACUUUGUUUAAUGUAAUGUAGUCAUAAAUCCAGUAAGAAUUCAAAGCCAUAUAAAUUAGUGAGCAUCGAUAUGUUGCAGAAGUGAGAUUUAUUGAGACACACAGUGCCUUAGUCAGUCACGUGUUAGGUAGCUUUUUGUGGCUAAAUCCGUCCUACACUGUUAGCUACGUUUAGUUGGGGUUUUUUUUGUUGUUUUUUUUGCUAAGUCCAUCCUACAUUAGCUGUAUUAGUUUAUUUAGCUGUAUUUUUGUUCUAUUGUUUGUCUCUACAAUAUUAUUGGCUAAAUCCAUCCCACAGUGUUCGCUACACAACGUAAGUGCUAUGUGGCAGUGUUCAAAACGUCAUCGUUUUUUUUCUGUAUGCACUGAUACGCGGAGUUAUGACAGGGUAAAUACAGCCACCGUUUUUCUGCACGUUAUACCGGUAGCUACGGCCGCGGCUAAAUUACAGCGAUGUAUCAGUAAUAUCGUGAUGUAGCUCUCGUCUCGACUGAACCGAAACUUCAUACCAAAGCCAUUUCUAUUAUUUUUGUGUUUGUAUAUUUGUAUGUGCUUAUACGUUAACUCUUUAUGUGCAUUUUCCGCCAUUUCUAAACAAUAGAUAAGGUCUAAAGAUUCAUUAAAUCAAACACCAUCUUUAUUUUCUUGACUAAAAUUAAAAAUGACAUGAACGUUAAGCAACAGACAGAAAAAUAAUGCAGUUAGCGUUUAAGUUAAAAACGAAACCUUCAUAUCAAAAAGUUAUUUUUAAAAUUAACGGUAAAAUUAAAAAAUUCUAAAUUGAAAACAGACUUCAGAUGACGGAGGAAAGUAAAUGAUUGGUUUUAACUGGAAGUUUUUCAUUACAGUUUUUUUUAUUUUGAUAAAUUAAAUUUUUUGUGAACGUAAUUGACAAAUUCUCAUGAAGGGUUAACAAUUUAUUACAAAAUGUUGCAAUUAUACACACACACACACACACACACACACACACACACACACACACACACACGUACCUCUGAAAACAUCUUCAAUCAGGUGAAAGGAGAAACAUCACAUGGUGAAUCCGUGACGUUUUACAGAUUUUGAAAGAAUUUUUUGAUGCAAAUGUAGCAAUUAAGUGCGGCUUUAUACGCUAAAGGACAUUAAUGUGUUUAGAAUGAUUGUGAGAGUGUGUGUUUAUUGGUACAUUAGUAUAGCGUCGUGCAUGCAGUUUUUAUAUUAUCAUGAUGAACCUUGUUGUUAUGGAUGUAGACAUCAUUUGUCAUGAAGAAUUUGUGCUCGGUGGUUUGCAGCUAGAUAUUUUUCUACUUUUGCAUUUCUGUUUUACAUAAUUUUACAUUUCUGAUCUUUCUUUUUUGUGCUUUUUAUAUUGUUAAACUUCAGAAACAUUCAAAAGUUACAAUGGCAUCUGUUGUUUAUUACAUUCAGAAUAAUAUUUAUGCUUCAGAGCUUUUUUUUUUUUUUACAUGUUUUUUUUUCAGACAUAUCACCAAAUGCAGGGAUUUUCAAUCUGAAAACAACAGAAAUGUUUAUUUCGUCUAGAAUCCCUGAUUUGGAUUUGAUUUUUAUCUAUUGGAAAGUAAAAUAUUCUUGGUGUAUAAUACAGUUUAUUGUUCAUGUUUCUAUUGUUUUGUAGACCUUCAUAACAACUCUUCAUGGCCUUGCACAAAAACUAGUGAGAAACUAGAACCGGCGUGAUUAAAGUUGAAAGUGUUUUAUUUGUAUUUUAAUCACUUUAAACUUUCUAUAAUGUUCAUUUUUUGUUGUUGUUGGAAACUUUGUUUUUGAAGCCGAUUUAUAAAACAUUUCCACAAGAA